AUGUCUGAGCGAGGCGCAUUCCGGGGCCGUGGCGGAGGUCGAGGAAGCGAUCGUGGAGGAAGGGGCGGUGGUCGCGGCGGUGCCCAGGGUGGAGGGGCAGGCGGACAGAGCGAACGACCCAAGAAGGAAAACAUCCUCGACUUGAGCAAGUACAUGGACAAGCAAAUCACCGUCAAGUUCAGUGGCGGGAGAGAAGUUAUUGGUACUCUCAAGGGCUACGAUCAGCUCAUGAACUUGGUCUUGGAUGAGGUCAAGGAAGCAUUGACAGACGACGAAGGCAACAUUCGGUAUCGAAAACUUGGCCUGAUUGUCGCACGCGGCACCCUCCUCGUCGUCAUUUCGCCCGUCGACGGAAGCGAAGAGAUCCCAAACCCCUUCAUGCAGGAGGAAGAAUGAGCGCGCAUCAUCAGCAACUUGCGCAAAGGAAAGUGCUGCCUUGGGUUGGGCACGGCGGCGUGAAGAGAACGUCAGGUCAACAGCGUGAAACGGGCGCUGAAGGAGCAUCGAGACCCACCACGAUACCCAUGAAGACAUGCGGGGCCGACUUCGCACCACGAGACGCAACCUCAGUCUCAAGUACUGCUACGGAAAAGUUUGUUUAUAUAACAGGCCUUUGGCAUUACAAGAACCAAACAACACAAAUGCAACAUAUACAA